CACACUUUGUUGUAAUUACUGUACUUCACCUGCGCGGCCGAUAAAGUCCGUGACGUCAUUUCCGACACUUCCAACCAGUCGGGGAUUUGUCAACUGGCAGACUGCACAUUCAGGUGAUAUAGCGCGUCGAGCACACCGGAUGAAGAUCGAGGAAGAAUGUUGGAGGGUACCACAGUCCACAUUCCGGGGAAAGUUGGACCGAUACUGAAAAACAGCAUUGAGUCCAGAAGACAAGCAGUGAUCCUAAUUCUCUAUCCUGGUGAGCUUUGAGGCUUUUGAUAAUGGGACUGUCCAAGGGGCUUUUACCACACAUGUCCUCAACAUCUUUGUGGUCAGCCUGAGAGGAUCUCCCCAAGCAAGCUGGACUAUCCAUGGACGGAGCACAGGUCCUUUAUGGCAUCCUCGAUGUGGCACAUUUUUGUACCAGACGGGCUUUGGAAAUGAGGUACCCUGAAAACUGAACUGCACCUCUGAAGUGUUUGAGAAGAUCUUCAUACACCUGAACAAUGUCAACCAAAAGGUCCGCACCAAGUCCAUGGUCUUAAGAUAUGACAGGCUGGCUCUUACAGAGUAGCGCAGUUCGGAGCUGAGAAGACCGUUGACCCUCUGGGACGUCUGGGACAGGAACGGGACGUCUGCAGAGCCGUCGCUAAGGUGAGUGCAGCUUCAGUCCAGAUAGAUCCCCAAAGAUCUGGCAGUGAUGCUGUGUCGUAGCCGGCCCUUCUGUCUGUGCCCCUCGGUCUCCCAAGAGGCCCAUGUGACCUAGCCUACACCCACACAUAGGGGGCCCUCACUGCCUCUGGAGCCCACCCAUGAAUCCCAUCCCUGACCGCGGCAAAGAAUGCCUCCCUCCUAAGAAGAGGGAGUCCCGGCAAGGGUCGUCAGAACAUCACUUUCCGCCGCCGGAAGAAUUUAAGCCCCCUGUGCCACUCCGGAGUAGGUCCAACGCAGGGCGAGGGGAGGGCAACAGAGAGGUCGGCGCCAGGCAGCGAGCUCUGACUACCUUGAGCCCCCAUCUUCUCCACACUCCUCCGCCCUUGCCGACUCCAGGCCCCCUAACCCUGCCAUGGCCUCUGAGCUACCCCUCAUCUGUGUCACUUCCUCUCUUUCAAGGGCAUGUUAUGGAGAGGAGAGGCUCUGGGUCGCCACUUCCUCACCACUCCAGGUGGCUUCGAGCAGAAGGGCCCCACUCGUCCCCGUCGUCCACUUCCUCCUUUAAAACUCCUUUUCCAGCUGAUUCUCGAGAGAUGUGGUCCUACAUUAACAACGACCGAAGAGAUUACAGCUCCUCACUCUUCUCCCCAUCAUACUUGUUUGGUCAUACCUCUCUCUACCCUCAAGAGCCAAGUUUAGUUAAAACCAGGAGCAGAUACUUAGGAAAGAGGCCCAAUGGAUUGGAUGGGCCAGGCAGCAGGACUGCCACUACCUCUGGGCCUUUGCUCGCAGGAGAUUAUGGACACGAUUGCAGCAGAAUCCGAUUGGAUACGAGUCCACAAAGCUCCCAGACUAAUGGUGGACAAAGACAGCAGGAAGAUCUGACACCUGAAGCCCAAUCCAUGGGUUUGUUUUCCUCAGACUCUAAAGCUCAGGAGGGCCAUGAACCACAUUUCUCACUGCAGGACAGACAUCAGCAAGGAAUAGUGACCAGCCAUCAUGCUGUAGGACCAGACCCCUGGGUGUGUAGAGGAGGCUUCCUGGAUGCCGCGGGCGCCCCAGGAACUGAAGCCCACAUCUACUACUCCUUGGGAUCCGUUUUCCAGCCAAGCCCUCAGGCUCCCCAGUCCUAUCCGCCCUACAGUCCCUCAGGAAUACCACUGUACAACCUGCAAGUAAAGCCAGACCCAAAGAAGCACAAUCCAAGAAACUUACCCCACUUGUCCGAGGGUCUGCUGGACAGCCAUGACUGGUCCCAAAGAGACCAUGACAGAGACCAAAACAAAGACCAAGAAAAGAGCAAGGAGCGAGGUAAAGAAAAGGAGAGGCACCUGAAACAUAACAGGGAUCAUGUUCACGCCUCUCCCCCUGCUCUUCACUUGUCUCCCCCUGCGCUCCUACCUCACUUCACAAAGGGUUCGCUAAUUGAGCUGGCCAGUGGGCAGUUGAAACAGGUGGAGGAGCUGCGGACUGAAGACUUUUUAAGGAGCGCUGAUACGUCCCCAGAGCUCCACCUGAGCACCUGCACUGUGCUGCUCAUUUCUCCCAGCAGUGCACAGGGCAUCAGUCACCUGCAGGUCCAUCUCAAAGACCGCAACACUCAGGAGUUACUGAAAGUCUUGGUGGAGUAUCCAUUUUUUGUGCAGGACCACGGCUGGUCCUCUUGUUGCCCCCAGAGAACCGCAGAGCUCUAUGGCCUUUCCUGUCGUCAGCUCACAGAGGGAGAUGUUUGCCUUGCUCUCACCCCAACACCCAAGCAACUCCACCGGACACAUUCGUCCAGAGUCCCACGCGCACACCCCCUGACCAGGGCUGCAGUGGGAGGGCCUUGGAGUUGGCACAGGGAGAAGAUGCCGCCUCCUCCCCCUCCACCCCCUUUAACCCUACAUCUGCCCACUAUAGGGCCAAAGAAUGCCCGGGCUGCAGAACCCCAGACUCAGGAGCCCACGCGCCCUCGGAAACGGCGCUGGUCAGCCCCUGACGUUCUUCCCUCGACAGGAACCAACGAACGCCUCAUGGAUUUACCUCAAGGCUCCAAGCUGAUGAAGUGGCAGUAGAAACUCGCAGACGUGUGUACGCUCCACGGUUCUGUGGGGACCACUCCAGUCGCAGGGUUGCAAUAGAACAACAAUCAAAAAUUACGGGUGUUCACUUUGCUGGCCUAGGGCCUAAACUUGUCUACUUGUUGCACCUCUUUCCUUUUAUUUGUUUCCUUCUGCUUUCAUUUCCUCUAUCCUUAUCAGCUCUUUGCUUUCCUUUCGUUUUUCUUUUUCUUAACUUUCCUUCCCUUUCAUUUCAUUUCCUUUUUCCUUAUCUUCUUUGCUUUCAUUUUCUUCCCUUUGCUUUUCCUUUCCUUUUUUUCGCCUUUCCUUUUUCUUCUUUUUGCUUUCCUCUUUCCCUUACCUUUCCUGUCCUGAGCAGUGAAAGGCUGAAAUUAGUAUGACAAUCAAGCACUGGUGCGUGUUCACUCUCUUUAUGUAACACACACACACACACACACACACACACACACACACACACACACACACACACACACACACACACACACACACACACACACACACACACACACACACACACAUUCUUGUAUUUGUUACCUUCUUGAGACCUCUGAAAAAUGCCUCCCUCUUUAGGACCACCCUUUCUAGAUAUAUAAAGAUUUGUAUUUACAACAUUAAUAAUAUAUACAUUCUAUGCAAAUAUAAAAAAGGUAAGCUUUUGGUUAAUAACAUUUUUUUGUUUGUAAUUGUUUUUUAAUCUUCAUUAUUUACUUCAAGUUAUUACAGUAUGUCUCUAUUUACAUAUUUAUUUUAUUUGUUUUUAAUACAUUUUGACCAAAGGGGGCACAAUUAAAAUUUCUUACACACACUUGUUAUCACAUAUGUUGUCCAGAGGGGGAAGUACUUCAAAUUUUUACACACACUUGUUAUUUCAUAUGUUGACCAGAGGGGGGGAGCACUUUUAAAACCGACACACAGUCAAUUUGAAAAAUCCCUCCUUUUUGAGGCCACCCUCAUUUUGAUAGAUUUCACCACCAGCAAAUGAGAUCUUUAUUUUUGUUUUUUUGUAAUGUGCUUAAGGCCGAUGACAAAACGAGUCACGGACCACAGAUGGCCCCUGUGCCGCACUUUGGGCAACCCAGCUGUAGAAGCUAACUGUUAAUGGCCACCAUAGUCUUAGUACCGUAGUGCAUUUGUUCAUCCUAUGGUCACUUAUGGGACGCAGGUUGUCUUACUUCAGCACCGGAAGUCGUAAAAUCAGCUGUUCACCUGGCGGGUUUUUUCGGGGAUGAAUAGGGAAGUCCUUCUUUAGCUUCUGUCUUGUGUUAUCAUAUAUUGCUGCCUUUGCACCUGUCAAUGUUUACUUUUGUAUGCACAUUAAAUCAACAAAAAAAUCCCAACUUUGGAGCAAUGUUCACAGACUCUAGUAUUUGGCUCUCUAUUAGAUGCAAUGGUUUUCCGUAUCGGGACCAUGAUUUAUGUCCUAACUUGUUCACGCCGCUAAACAAGUUUGAUAUGGAAGGUACUUUUCCUUGUUAAUGUCUCAAGAAGGGUAGAAAUACAAGAACACACACACGCACACAUUCUGUAUUUGUUACCUUCUGGAGACUUCUGAAAAAUGCUUACCUCUUUUAGGACCACCCUUUCCAGAAAUCGUAGGAGAAAAGGAAAGACAUCCCUGAACUUGGAAAAAAAUCUAUUUAAAUGAUAUCACCCCAGAUUUAAGAUACACACAAGAUAUUCCCUAUCAGAUGCAAUGGUUUUCCGUAUUGGGACCAUGAUUUCGGUCCUAACUUGUUCACCGGUCCUCAUAUGCAAGGUACUUUUCCUUGUUGACGUCUCAAGAAGGGUAGAAAUACAAAAACACACACACACACACAUUCUUGUAUUUGUUACCUUCUGGAGACUUCCGAAAAAUGCAUACCUCUAGGACCACCCUUUCCAGACAUCGUAGGAGACAACCCUGAACUUGGAAAAAAAUCUAUUUAAAUGAUAUCACAGCAGAUUUAAGAUACACACGAGACAUUCCCUAUCAGAUGCAAUGGUUUUCCGUAUUGGGACCAUGAUUUCGGUCCUAACUUGUUCACCGGUCCUCAUAUGCAAGGUACUUUUCCUUGUUGACGUCUCAAGAAGGGUAGAAAUACAAAAACGCACACACACACAUUCUUGUAUUUGUUACCUUCUGGAGACUUUCGAAAAAUGUUUACCUCUAGGACAGGGGUGUCAAACUCAUUUUAGAUCGGGGGCCGCAUGGAGAAAAAUCUACUCCCAGGUGGGCCGGACUGGUAAAAUCACGGCACGAUAACUUAAAAAUAAAGACAACUUCAGAUUUUUUUUUUUCUUUAAAAAUAUAACAAGCACAUUCUGAAAAUGAACAAAUCAUAAUGUUGAUGGGGUUUUUUACACUUACAUGUUGCAGUUAAUAGUAUUCUAUCUUUAUUUGUCAUUACUUAUACUUUCUGAAUAAAUAAAUGAUGGGAUAAUGUUCAUCAGUCAACUCAUAGGUGUAAUUUUCAAUCUAUUAAGAUAAAAAAAAUAUCAAAAUCAAAUUACAGGAUGUUAUUUAUGUAGUUUACUCAUUUUUCUCAACUGGUGCACUAAGAUCAUGUGUUUUUUUUGUUUUUUUUUUUACAUAUGUAGCAUCAUCUAAAAUUAUACAAAGAAUUGCUAUUGCGACAUCUAGUGGACACAUUUAGAAGAGCAGUUUCUUUCAUUCCAAAAUUUCGCAAACUCAUCCCGCGGGCCGCAUAAAACCUGUUCGUGGGCCUGAUCCGGCCCGCGGGCCGUACGUUUGACACCCCUGCUCUAGGACCACCCUUUCCAGACAUCGUAGGAGACAACCCUGAACCUGGAAAAAAAUAUAUUUAAAUGAUAUCACCGCAGAUUUAAGAUACACACGAGACAUUCCCUAUUAGAUGCAAUGGUUUUCCGUAUAGGGACCAUGAUUUCGGUCCUAACUUGUUCACCGGUCCUCAUAUGGAAGGCACUUUUCCUUGUUGACGUCUCAAGAAGGGUUGAAAUACAAGAACACACACACACAUAUUCACCGACAGUGCGUUCUGCAGAGUUUGGAUUUCAAUCAGUAAAAGUAAAGCGCAGAUAUACAUCUGAAGAAAAGUGGACUAAAUAUGUUACAUUUGUACAGAGAGAAUGCUAAACAAACGUCAUGCAUUUUGUUGGUCUUCUUUGUUUGUUGCUUCUGAAUCCUUGUCAGGCAAGACGAAUGUAAGCGUGCAGGCAGUUCUUAGCCGUUGUUAAUCACCUCACCUUCAAGGAGCUUUUUUGUCCAGGCAUUACUUUCCGAUAUGUUCUUAACAUUAUCUCUGAGAACGGGAGAACACUAAUGAAAAGCGCCCACGCGGACAGACGCGUUCUAUGGUGCACUUCCAUAAAAAAGCUGAAUGGUGGCGGCGAAGGUGAAGAGUAAUGGUGCUAAUGACACGUUGGAACAGGAUGCUUUGUGCUUGUGUAAUGUACUAUUGUAUUGUUGCGUACUGUAUAUGUCUGAAAGCAGGGGACGUGAUGAAAGUAUAACUCUGAUACGGGUAAAACUCCUCUGAUUCAGCACUCUUUCACUUUAGUUUUGGACGAAACAUACAUGUUAAUUAUUCCUUCUCAAUGUCAUAGCUGCAAAAUGUAUUUUUUUUAAGAUGGUGAAACUGUUAUAUGAUGUUCGCUAGAAAUAAACGGAGAAGAAGAAGCUCGGUAAAUGUUUUGAUCACUGCCGAUUUAUUCACCUUGUAUUAGCUUAUGCAAAUAUUAGCAUGCUGCCAGGAAAAUGUCAAACAGUGCUGGGGUCACGUCGAUAUCUAAAUGUUCAGGUUGGAUGUUUGUCCUGAGCUGAAGCUUGCAGAAGAAGAAUUGCAGAGGUGAGUAUCACGAACACUUAUCGCACCAAUCUGAGCUUCCAUUCUCGAGUACAACAAAGUUGAAG